CAGGCUCCUUUAACUUUCAGUGUCCAGCAGGAAGACGGUUGUGUUUUCGUUUCUCAGCUGAAUCUUUGCGUAGUUUCAGCAACAAUGUCUUCAGUUCAGCAUCUGAGAGAGUUUAUCAGAGAGCGACUAACUGCUGCUGCUGAAGAAAUCUUCUCAGAGGUGGAGAAAACCAUGGAGGAUGAGCGCCAGCUGCUGGAGAUCUGCUGGAGACCCCAGAUAAAGCUGCACAGAGUCGAACUGGAAAAGCUACGAGGCUACAAGGAGAACGAGGUUCUGACUGACCAGCAGGUCCAUCACCAAGGGAGGAACUGCAGCCUCAACAAUCAGGAACCAGAACCUCCAGUGAUUAAAGAGGAACUGAAGGAACCAGAGCCUCCAGUGAUUAAAGAGGAAGAGGAUGAACCAGAACUUCUGAUUAUUAAAAUGGAACAGGAGGAACCAGAACCUCCACUUUCUGAAGAAGCAGAAGAUCAGCAGGGGCUGAAAUCUGUUACCGUGACUGUUGGUUCUGAGGAAACUGACCACAGUACACCUGGAAACGCCAAUAAUAGCAAACCCCUCCCCCACAGUUCUCCUGUUGCUGAGACUCCAGAACCCGACGGAGGUGAGCGCCAAGAUCCAGUUUCCGUGUCAAAUGCAAAACUGAAGCCAAAGAAGAAAAAUCUGAAAAAAAGGAACAAAAACAGCAACAAAACCCAACAAAUAUCAGAGAGCCAUCCUGGCAGAUCCAAACAAUCUGUCCAAUGUGACAUUUGCAGGAAGGUCCUAAAGUCUAAGUCCUACUUGAAGGUCCAUCAGAGAAGACACACAGGAGAACGGCCGUUUGCCUGCACUCAUUGUGACAAAAGAUUUUACCAGAUGUAUAAUCUGAAGCAUCAUGAGAGAAGCCACACUGGUGAGAAGCUCUUCUUCUGCAAAAUCUGUGGAAAGAGCUUCAGUUAUUCCACUCCUUUUAAAUUCCACAUGAAAAUCCACUCAGAUGAGAAACCGUACAGCUGCGACACUUGUGGUAAAAACUUCAGAAGCCGGGAUAAGUUAUUGAUCCACGUUAGGACCCACACAGGAGAGACACCGUACAGCUGCGACAUCUGCGACAAAAAGUUCAAGGAGUCAUCAAAGUUAAAACGGCACCAGAGAACGCACACGGGCGAGAGGCCGUACAGGUGUGACACGUGUGGGAAAAGUUUCACGGCCAACAGCAGUCUGAGGAACCACAUGAGGAUCCACACGGGGGAGAGGCCAUACUCAUGUGAAACAUGUGGCCUUUGGUUCAGGCACAGCGGCAACCUGACCGUCCACAUGAGAAUUCACACAGGAGAGGAACCAUACUGCUGCAGCACCUGUGGGAGAAGGUUUAAAGGUGCGUCACAUCUGAGCAUCCACAUGAAGAGCCACCAACACCAGGAAAGGACUUGACCUCCUGGGGUCUCCGCUGAAUGGUGACAACUGUGAUCUACAAACAUCCGAGGACCUUGAAACAUUUACAGUUCAGCCCGAAAUGAUUCCCACCAUCAGCCAGGAUUAAUAAAUCAACCAUCAAUGAUUCGGCUGAUUCCUGGGGCCAGAACCAGCUGCACAUCUUGCCAUCUUCCGCUGAAGUCCUUCAUCCUUUACAAACGUUCUCCAAAUUUCUGACUCAA